AUGGUUGUACGAGAACAGUAUUUCGAAGCCGACUUAAGCACACAUAUCCAAGAAGCUUUUGGGCAUGAGCAAUACUGUUCCAAUGGUACUAUUUUCCGCAACAUCCAAAGAUAUCAUCAACUAGCGGACGAAGGCAACAAGAAAAAAUGGUGGGCCAGACUGUCAGCUAGCAAGAAGAGGGGCUUGAAACAGCUGCUGAAGGACAGACGGUUUGUCAAUACGUUUGAUAGUCUCAUUAAUUCGCCUGGCCUCUGGCCACCUGUGCAAUUAGGGACUUUGCAUCGCCAAUACGGUUUGCAUUGCACCAAAGAGAUGAUCAGUUAUCUGGAGCACGUUCGGGAUGUCUGGCACACCAUGAUACCGCAAGAUUGCUGCGAAUUCGUAGAUGAAUACACAGCCCAACAGCUCGAGAUGCUGGCUCCAGCAAUGUCUAGGUCCGACAACAACACUGAUAAACGAUCACUAUGGCAGUCUUUCCAAGCAAUCUUUUUCCAGCCUGAACGCCUGCAAGUGCAGCUUUCAGAUAAGUUAGAUGAUCUGAAAGUACUGAGUACAACUAGCAGUGACCAACUUCAGAUGUUCUGCUUCCGCCACUUCCCAGAGAUGACACCUAUAAAACCGAGACUUGAAGCGCGCAAUAGUCAACAAGCAACGCAACGACCUAUCAAUCCUUCACUCAUGCCUCAACUUGCGCGCCUAGCGGUGAGGCUAGGGUUUCAGACAGACAAGGUUAUGGCACUGACUAGCAAAGAUCCUGAGCGACUCGCAGUAGAGGAGUUCAUUCGAUCUGCUAGACUGGGUCACAGAGAAGAUGUCUCAGAUCAUGUUCUUGCCAUCAAGCAUAUUCUGACACAGAUCAGUGACUUGUCUCAGCCAAUGUCUGGACCGGAGUUUCUUGGGGAUCAAUCAGUUCUAAUAGAGCGUCGGUGUGGUUGA